AAUUCUCUGUAGCUCCCCAUCUAGUAUCCUGUAGGAGAGCAGGGAGUUGCGGAAGAGAUUGUCACGGACUAGCUAGGUAUUUUCCUGAGUCCGCUUUCUCAGCUCCGGUUACUACAGGUCAUAAUGCCCCAGCUUUAGCCAAGUAUAACCAGUUGAGACCGCUAUGUGAUAAGUCCCUGGCGGUGAGCCAUGGGAAGCAGUUCUAGAGAACGGGUGGCCUUGCUUUGUUAUGUCUGUGCUGCUUUGCUGUUAGUGAGAUAAAUAGGAGCCUGGUUUAUACUAGUCCUUGGACUUCGAACCAGGCUCAAGUCGUUGGGUGCUGGGUUCCCCGCCUUAGUGGCAGCAACGAGCGGAGUCCCCGUUGCGGGUUUGUCACGGUUUGGAGCCGCAAGCCCCGAGCGAUACGGCAUGGCACGUCCUAGCGAGCGUCUGAUGGACGAUACCACAACGCGAUCCACAAGCCGCCGUGGUCCUGGCGACGGGGGAUGGCUGGACUUACAUUUUGCCAGAAGGAGAGGAUUACCCCCGAAUGGUUUCAUUAUCGCGUUUAUCGCAGCGCUCCUUGUAAGGGGAGGCGCCGCUCAAGGCGACAUGUUACCUACGAAUGCUUGGGUGACACUAGCGCAGAGUGCCAUAAAUGCGACAGCCUUUUGCCUCCCCCGUGUGUAUGCCGUAGGGACCCUUAUGGAAACCUGUUUUGUUGGUGUUUGUACUGAUUUGGAAGUAUUGCAACGGCACUCAUGGCUAUUUGCAAUUGCUAAAGACUUUUCAUAUAAGGAAUUGUAUGCCCUAGGUCCUGGAGCUGCCACAUACACCCUGGACGCGAGUAUGUAUUCCUUUCGCCUGGCCAAUGUGACGGCCGCAGGCAUGUGUAUGUAUUUUGUUAAUGCCUGGCAUGUAGCAGUGGAUCAUACCAAUGGUGAGUUGUUUUGCCGCCAUAAGAGCGAAGUAUCCUUUGCAUAUGGGCAUAUGAAAUUGCAUAUGGGCAUAGGAUGGUUUUUAUUGUGUGGGCGCACUGCAUUUACCUAUGUUCCUGCCAAUAGUUCCGGGGGUCCCUGCACCAUUGGUCAGGUAGCCCCUCUUCUUUUUCCCCAUCCCUUGAGGGGCGCCAAGGGCCAGUACCGGUAUCGGCGGGAGAGCAUUCCAUUGGAUUCUACUUGUAAGGCAGAGGCUAAUAUGUUUUCGGAGCGGGAGGCUGCGGCCCUUACCUUUACCUUGAUUGGCCUCCCAGGCAUGUUGGCACAUAAUUACCAUGCUGUGGCACACCUUGCUUGUGUUGUGGCCAAAGCCCUUAAUUUAACCUCUAUGUGCUUGCUUUGUUAACCCAGGAAUUAGGAGAAGUUCGCCGGGGAGUGCUGCAGAAUCGUAUGGCUAUUGAUUAUUUGCUUUUGCGCCAUGGCCAUUCCUGUUUGGAUUUUGUUGGCAUGUGUUGUUUUAAUAUUACAGAUGCAGGAUCCACCAUUACUGAUGAUCUGGAGCGCCUCCGACAUUUGGCGGAAGGCAUUCGCCAACAACAAGGGGAUACCUGGCUGUGGUCCUGGUUGUCUUUGCUGCGUGGAUGGGCUGCCCAUAUUGUUCAGGGCCUAGCACUUGGCCUUAUGUGCUUGCUUGCCCUUGUUUGCUUUUAUUUGUGCUGCUUGUGUGGCCGCCGCUGUUGCUGCAUAGCGCAUGCCCUUGCGAGGCCCUCAUGGUCCUUGGAGUCGCUUGAGAAAGUGAGGGGAGGAUUGUAGGAGAGCAGGGAGUUGCGGAAGAGAUUGUCACGGACUAGCUAGGUAUUUUCCUGAGUCCGCUUUCUCAGCUCCGGUUACUACAGGUCAUAAUGCCCCAGCUUUAGCCAAGUAUAACCAGUUGAGACCGCUAUGUGAUAAGUCCCUGGCAGUGAGCCAUGGGAAGCAGUUCUAGAGAACGGGUGGCCUUGCUUUGUUAUGUCUGUGCUGCUUUGCUGUUAGUGAGAUAAAUAGGAGCCUGGUUUAUACUAGUCCUUGGACUUCGAACCAGGCUCAAGUCGUUGGGUGCUGGAUU